GUGACAUCUCUGCGCAGUCAGAGAAUAUCGGCUGUCCUGUCCGGCAGAAAACCAAUAUGGAGUGUAUUAUUUCGUUAAAAAAGUGGUGUAAUGAAUUGUUUUUGUAAAUAUAAUAGUUUAUUAGUGGAUUAAAUGAUUAAGUAGUGUAUAUUGCAAUAUAUUACAUAAGGAAAUUCCAAGGGUCAAUCUAGUUCCGUUAUACGAUCGCCAUAGGAACAUGAUACAUGUCUAAAUAUCUGUGGAUGUCAAGAUAGUCAAGUAAGGAAAAGUGCACAGUUUUGUUGUUAAAAAUGGGAAAGUUACUGUCAAAAAUUUUUGGUAAUAAGGAAAUGAGAAUAUUAAUGCUUGGUUUAGAUGCUGCUGGAAAAACAACAAUAUUAUAUAAACUUAAAUUAGGACAGUCAGUAACAACAAUACCAACAGUGGGAUUUAAUGUGGAAACAGUGACCUACAAAAAUGUUAAAUUCAAUGUGUGGGAUGUUGGGGGACAAGAUAAAAUCAGACCUCUCUGGCGACAUUAUUAUACAGGAACUCAGGGUCUGAUAUUUGUUGUGGACUGUGCUGAUAGAGAUAGAAUUGAUGAAGCCAGACAAGAACUUCAUCGUAUAAUAAAUGACAGAGAGAUGAGAGAUGCAAUAAUACUCAUUUUUGCCAACAAACAAGACCUGCCAGAGGCAAUGAAGCCUCACGAAAUCCAAGAGAAACUCGGCCUCACAAGGAUUAGAGAUAGGAACUGGUACGUCCAACCAGCAUGUGCUACAACUGGGGAUGGUCUUUAUGAAGGACUUACAUGGCUAACGAGCAACCACAAAUUAUAGCAUCCAGGUACACAUUCAUUUUAGUAUAUGACUACAACCAGCACUAUUGUAAUAUUUUCUUCAAGGGGUGAUUCUAUAGGAUGCAGGCUACUUUGUAAUCAUAGUCUUAACAUUCCAAAUAUUGUCAAGUUCUCUAUGGAUAACUAAAAACACAUUUUUUUUUGAAAAUUUUCAUAUCUAUUAUUUGACUCCUAUCAAAAAACUUGAUAGUAUAAUUAAUUACUUUCAUUUUGUAUAAUAGGAAGAUAACUUGCUAUGUGUAAAUUUAUUCAAAAUUAUAUACAGGUUCCUUGUAUUUUAUAACAAAAUACUGAAAUUUAUAGAGGAAACCAAAUUUUGCAUUCAUGUUGUUUUUGUGAAAGAAAACAUUUCAUGCUCAUCAGUACUUAUAAUUAAAAAUCUAAAAUUUACCAUAUUUGUAUAAUAUUUUUAAUGUCACUACUUGUGGUUUAUUAAAAAUUUACGUUUUGAUUCAAAUUUUAGUAUUAAAUGUAAUUUUUGUAUUUGUUAUUUUACAAUACUGUAAAAUACAAAUUAGUCACAUAUGAAUAUUUGGGCACACCUAAUAUAUGACAAAUUUGAUGGCUGAUAAUUUUGUUUCAGAUCUUGAGCUGUACGGAAUUUUGGUUCAAGGUAUUUUUUUUUCUUUAAAAUGAUAAAAAAAUAUCAAUACAAUUCCAAACUAUGUAAACUCACAGCAAUAACCUUGCUAAUAUUCUAAAAUCAAAAUUAAUAGUAUAAGUAACACUAACACUAUAAUUUAAUGUAAGUUAAAAAGUAAAUUUACACAUUGUAAAUGUCUGUUUAAUUUUUUUGAUUACAGAUUUACAGAUAAGUAAAUACAUUUGAAAUCUGAAUGGUCUUACUGUGGUGCAAGGUAACAACAUGACAGUUCAAACUCUAAUAUAAGUAUAGUUGGUACGCUAAACUCAGACACAACUGGCUAGUGAUUUUAGUAGGUAAUUUUUUUGUUUUUGGCCAAUUUUGCCAAAAUUGGCUAAAUUACUAACUAUUUAGUAAUUAUUAACUAAUUAGUAAUUAUUUUUUUUGUCAAUUUUACCAAAUUGGCAAAAUUACUUACUAACAUAACUAGCCAAUUGAGUUUAGCGAACGUUAAAAUUUCUGCAUUAAUGUUUCAAGCUAGGCCUUCCAGUUCUGAGUACCUGAAUAAAAUCUUGAAAAAAAAUAUAUAGUUAAAAUAUACAACAUUCUUUAUAUGUUCUGGUGUACUUUACAACAUUUAAAUUUUUAUGUUUUUAGCUGUUGGUAAAAGCAUAAGUAGUCUGUAGUAAGUAAUUAAUAUUUCCUAGAAAAAUUUCUUUUUCUGUCUUUAUUUUUAACUACUUUUUUAGCCCACAUUAAAAAAGCUUUUUUGUUAGCCACUAUAUGUGAGUCUAUACAAUAUCAGUACAUUAUCAAGAUUUAAAGGUUAUCGCCUAUUCUAGAAUCACAAUAAAGAUGCACUAGAAAUAAACAAACCAAGACUUGUUGAAUGUUACGAGGAGCACUAGCGAAUCAUGAUUUACAAUGUAUCAACUUUGUAAAUCAUAAUUUGGGAAUGCUUCUCGUAACAUUCAACGUGUCUUGGUUUGUUUAUUUCUAGUGCAUCUUUAUUGUGAUUUUAGUUUAGUAUCAGACAUGUACAGGUAUCUACAAAUUCACACUCAAAAACCUACAAGCACAAAUAAUACAGUGACUGACAAAGCAUUGUGUUUAAUAGCCCUACUUACAGUUUUGAAGAAUAAGAACAACAAAUUUAUUGGAUGCCUCCAAAAGAUACCAAUCUUCCAACUCAUACAGUUUUGAAAUUAUUAAUUUUCUGAGUGGUACUUUUUUUAUUUUACAAUAUUACUUUGCAAAUAGAGUAAAAUUUCUUUAAUCUGCCACAUUCAAAAAUUGAAACUGGAUUGAUGGAUAUAAAAUAUUCUGGAUUAUAGGAUGAUAUUGAUAACUGUUGUGUAAAAUUUCUUUACUAAAUAAUUACUUUUUGUAGAGUCUUGGAAAUCCAUACAAGCACAUUAUAUGUAUGUCAUCAAUAUACCAGCUUCUAAUUUCUUGGCUCUACAACUCUUAGUGAGUCUUGGCAGCAUUUAUACUAUUUUCCUCCAAACUUGCCAGUCUUGCGCAAUAAUCUCCCACUGUUGCACCCCCAUCUUACGCAGAUCACUCACUACUCCAUCCUUCUAUCCUUUUCUUGGGCAACCAACUGAUCUGCCAUCGGGCAUUUCCCAGAAGGUUAUAUUUAGUAGUCUUUUAUCAUUCUUGAUGUAUCAUACUAUGGUUUCAUCUCCAUAGAGUGGUUGGAGUUCCUGGUUGUGUCUUUAUCACCACUCUCAUGUCAUCUCAUCUCUACAAGGCCCAAAUAUCGUCCAGAGGAUCUUUCAUUCUAAGUCUAAUAAUUUUGUUGUUUCACUCUGGUUCAGCGUCCAAGUCCAUACUGCUACAACUUUUCCUGGAUCUUUGGUAACUAUUAUGUCUUAUCUUCAUUGACUUUAAAGCCAAUUUCCCUGGCCCCACUUUCAAAAAGGUUGUGCCAGAUUUUGAAUCUACUAGCAGGUUAAAAACCGCUGUGUCUAGGUACACGCUAACGUGUACGCAAAUUAAAAAGUUAGGUACACGCGAAACGUCAUCAAGUCAGUGACGUCACUAUGUAGCGUGCACUGUUAUUGGUUUUUUGCAUACACGCUAACUUUCAGAAUAUCGCGAGUGUCAGAGUGAGUUUAGAUUUGUCUAAUCGCGUUGUGCUUACAUUUUAAUAUUGAUUAGUAAACAGAUUUCUUAUUUUUUAUUUAUUUAGUGUUUGUUUUUAAAUUAAUUAUGGAGUGUGGAAAAUUAUUUAGUUCUUUUAACGAGUUUAACAACAUUUUUAAACAGUACGAAAAAGAUAAGAGACAAAAAUUCGUAGGGUAGUAAAAUAAUUAAGAUAAAAUAUACACGGCGAUUGAUUAGUGUGAUACAGAUCAGUAGAUCCGCUAUAGUAAUAGAUAGCAAUAAAAGUUAGUAACAAAAAUUGUAGCAAACUUUGAUCUUCAUAUUACAAAAUUAAUUAGAAUGUUACAGGGCGUCUGAUAACAUAGUGGCAGACCAAACAUGCUUUUUUUAAAUGGAACACCCUAUAUUUUAUUUUAUGUUCGAAAUGUUCCUAAUGUCCCCAUCACAAAAAUAUAAAGGUUUAUUAUGUUAUACAGGAUAUUUACAAAGUUAUAACCAAUUUUCUAUGAAAAUCGUAACAAGUUCAACUUCCCUGUAUAAAUAGAAAUAAACACAACAGCAUUAGUUUAUAAACUGGUGUAAUUAACUUACGUAUAAAAAUUAUUUUAACAGUAUUUUGUACAUGUCAUGUCAACUAAAUAUUUAUUUUGCUAACCUGAAUAUAUACUUUUAUACUAUACACAUUGAUUUAUUACAAUUAAGUUUGAAACAUCUGAAUAGUUCUGCUUCCCUUCCCUUCCCUUAAUAACAAAUAUUUUUCUAUCAAACAAACACUAAACAUAUCAAAAUAGCGUGUACCAAAAUAUACAGCCACUGCGCACGCUAAAUAAUGACGUCACUGGCUUGAUGAAGUUUAAAUUCGCGUGUACCUAACUUUUUUAUUUGCGUACACGUUAGCGUGUACCUAGACACAGCGGUUAAAAACAUGAGAGAAAGUUGGAUGCCAUAUUAAGGGAAGUUUACUGUACCACUUCAUAAUUUGAAAAUAUUAUUCAAUAGAAUUUGCUUUGUAUUUACUAUUCCAGUCAAUUAAAUAUGAAAAUAAAACUAUGUAUCAAGGAAUAUGUACAAAAAGCAUUUAUCCGUUUGAUACAAUAGCUUUUCUUCAUGUUGAAUAGUUAAACAGUAUGAUAAACUGUAAACGAACCAUUGAAAACUCAAAGAAAGAAAAACGUUAAAUUUAGACUGUAUCAGACUAUUAAUUUGUACAAUAAUACUAAUACAAAAGUCCAAAGGGGCAUGCUUAGAGCCUAUAAGCAUUAUUUAUUUUGUAAAUGUAAGAAAUUAGUAACUGUAAAAGUUAAGAUAGCCAUGAUGAUAACAAACAUCCGGAACAAGAAGAAAAACGAGGAAGCUAAAGAUAGGUGAUAUAUUGCAAUAUGACUUAACUCAGUCUCAGUGAUUUAUUAUAUGUAUAUUUAAAAUUCCCUAAAUUUAUUCAUGCAUUCAGAAGUACACCUUGAUUUGCUGUUAUAUAUUUUUAAGGAAAAUAUGAGGUGUAUUUGAUGUGAGACUAUAAAUAAUUGUAUCACACUACCAAAGUCGUAAGUAAUAUAGAAACUGAUUUAUGUUCUAAAGUAUAAGUAAAACACUUGCAUCAUACAUCAUACCACCGAAGAUAUAUGUAUUCCAUUAUUAAGAUUAUUAAGAUUUCAAUAUCAGACUUAUCCUGUAAAUUAUGUGGAGUAUAAAAUGUUCCAAUAAUUUGUUAAUGUUUAUAUUGUUACAUAUGUUUAACAUACAGGGCGUUUAGUUUUUAAUUAGAUACACCACAUUGAAGGAAUCACUAAAAUCGGCAACAUUGCUUAUUAUUCCACUAUAGUAUCGAGUCCAUCAGCAGAUUCAAAGGAAUACUUUAAGUUCCGAAAUUACUAAUUUACAAGGAGUAGGUAACGCAAUACGAUAGUUAAAUUACAAGCAAGUGGUUAUCUAAAAAGCGGCUUCUGAAAUUCUUAAAAUUGUAUUUUAACUGUUAAAGAUGUUCAAAAUUUAUCUACUCCGAUAGUAACAGUAUGUUAUUAAAAUCACUUUAUUAAUUUUUCUCUUUUCUGGAUUAUUAGUUUUUAUUGCAUAGUACAUAAAUUAUAGUCACUGAAUGCAUAGUUAGUUAAAAAUAAUCCCGUUAAUUUAAUUAAUGAGUAAUUCAAGCAAUUAACAAGUAAGGAUUUUUAAAAGAAUAUUCAAAAACUAAAAAAAUAGUCACCUGUAUUUUGAAUAUGAAAUUGAUACUCUAUGCCGCUUACACUCUUACUCUUUAUAAAUACAUGUCUAUAAAUUGUAAUCAUAUAGCAUAGCUUAUUGAAUAUGCCGACACUCUUCACGUUUACAUGUCUAUAAAUUAUAAUAAUAUCGCAUAACUUAUUGAAUGUAGGAAGCCGGCAGUGUUGCCCUUUUAAGUCUGCAUAUCUAAUUGAAAACUAAACACAGUGUAUAUAGAAAUAAUGCUCCUACAUGGGGUAAAUUUCAAAAUGGUGUUUUUGAGAAAUCCAAUGUGAAUUUAGCCAUUCAACUGCCAGUCCAGAGUCCAAAUUGAACUCAUUGUGUAUAAAGUGUGGCAGUAUUUUUUAAGCUCGUUAAUCAUGAAUGGUUGUGACCUUGGCAUUAGACCCGUAUUCUUGAAAUUACCUCAGAUGUAUUUUGUAAAUAGUUUAUUAGUAUUAUUGUAUUGUUUUAUACUGUGAAAUGUUGUUGCUGCAGUUGAAAAAUCUUAAGUAUAAUUUUUUUUUGGGAAUAACCCUGUUGACUUCAAGAAAUUCCAUUAUUGGGCCAGAUUUUAAAAGGCAGUCGAAAACAAUAUAUACAAGAGUUUUUAAACUUUCAAGUGUCUUACAUAGGGGUUCUGAACCACUCGUUUCCACUUCUUUGAGCUUCCAAUUUUUUAUAUCUCCCAUUUUCUGCAGUAUCUAUUUCUAUUUUCUCCUUUCAUUAGUGAUUUAAUAAAAACCUCCCAAAUUACUAUCUUCCUAACACGAUACUAAAUUUACAAUCAAGAUGCAGUAGAAAUAUACAAACCAAGACACGUUAAAUGCUACUAGGAGCAUUCCCGAAUCAUAAUUUACAAUGUAUAAACUUUGAAAAUCAUUAUUUGGGAUUUACAACGUAUAUACAUUGUAAAUUAUGAUUCGGGAGUGCUUCUAGUAGCAUUUAACGUGUUUUGGUUUGUUUAUUUCUACUGCAUCUUGAUUGUAAAUUUAGUAUAGACCUAUUUAAUGAUAGACUAGAUAUCUUUAUAAUUUGCACUUUUAGAUGAUAUUAUGUAUUCUGGAUUUUGAGAUGCAUACAUAUUUCUCUUCAUUACAUAAUACUGUGAAUUAAAAAUUACUGUCUCUUUUGUAUAACUAUUUACCUAUUUGUUUAUUCGUUUUUUUUGUUAAUUCUUGAGACUAAAUUGAUUUGUCUUUAUUUUCGUUUUUGUAUAGUUGAUUCAUUCAUUUUUUUGUAUAACUUCAUCGAUUACCUAUAUUUACAGGAUAGUUAAUUAAUAAUAAUGAUUUGAUAAGAGGUAUGAGACAUAAUGUAAUUCUUUCAUUCUUUCUUACAUUCUUUUGUAAUUUGUUUAAAUAUUAUUAAUUUUUUCCUAUAUCGUUAGGAUUUAAUUUAUCACCUUUGUUUUUUUAUGGUUCUCAUAUUAUUCUUAUUUCUUAGAUAAAGUCACCUUUUUCAGUAAUUCUUUUUUUAUUUUUGGAUAUAUUAUUUUGCCUCGUGUAUAUAAUCUAAUAACCUUCUACCCAUGGGGUGUAGAGAUUUCUUUUUGCAUUAAAUUUCCUUUAUUUUUGCCCUUGUGUCUCAUAUCUUAUUUUUUUGGUCUCUAUUAUUUAUACUGCUUUGAUUCGAUUUGAUUAUGAUUUAUUAACUGUGUAUUUGGCCACAUAUUUUUUGAAAUUACAUUCGAUAUUUAAAAAAAAUGGUAAAAAUGAUAAAACCCUAAAAUAAGUGUACUGCUACUUAAUAUGUCAAAUAAAGGUAUUAAUUAGCAUAUCCAAAAAUGGGAAGUCUUUGUAUUUUGUUAUUCUCAGAUUUCACUUUAUUUAUUAUUAUAUGCACUUCCUUAGAUUAACCGAAACUAUCUGAAAAUAAUAAAAAUAUUCAACAGGGUAAUUCUUGUUACUUGAUAUUUUUGGUACAAAAGUAAGAGAUAUAUUUUUCCUUUUCUAUAUAUAUUGCUAUGCAAAAUCACUAAGAAUAUAUUAUACCUUCAAUAUUUUUCACUAAUAUAGUUUACGUAUGUAUCAAGGUGGCUAUUUUAAAACGUUUUUAUAUACUUCACUUGUUCUUUGUCACUUUGUCCGGGAAAAAUCUCUUAAUCGAUUUUAAUCAUACUUCCCGACUAGCUAGAGACCUGAAAUUUUCAGAAUAGCUCAUAACUCGAUGACAAUGCAAUAUCCAACAGAUUUUACACGGAUGUAUUGAGUUUUAUUAUUCCAAAACAUCAUAGUUAUUUUAAUACCGUUGCACUAGAACUUAUAUGCCAAGUAUUUAUCUCCAUACCUAACAUACAAUAUGGUCUAGUGGCUAGGAUACCUGGCUUUCACCCAGGAGCUUCGGGUUCGUUUCCCAGUAUCGUAAACUCUUUUUUUUUUGAAAAUUGACAUUUUGGCUUAAAAAAUAAUUGUUUUUAUAAUACUUUUUUUUACUGUCCUAUAAAUAAUAAAAUUGUGGUAUUAUAAAAAUUUCUUUUUUAUAAGAGUGUAAUUAUUAAGAAUUAUUUGACGGUCAUUGAUUUUUACUGAAAUAUUUAUUUCUAAAAUGUCCAAAUCUCCUUCCACUCAAUAAAGAAAUUUCUUUUCAGAAAAUAUUUUUGUCAAAAAUACAUUCACUUUUGUAUUAUGCGAAUAUUUGCGAGAACUCUUAGUAAUUAUAACAAGAAAAAAAUCUCUGAUUAGUUGUGUUCUGAAAAUUGUUCUAAAUUUUUUUAAUAUUCUUAUUUUGAUUUGAUUUUUUCUGGGAAAUUUUUUUCUGUUUUUGACAUUUUUUAAAAUCUUGAUACCAAUAAAUAUGUUUGUACUACAUAUUUAAUUUUCUCUAAUCAAACAGAAACCAUGAGAUGUUUUGAAGCAUAACUAACGAUACCAUAUGGUAAUCAGACCAUCAAAUAUAGCUAGACUUGAAUUUUCUGUUGAUGUAUAAACAUAAACAUUUAACUUUCGCACUUCUCCAUAUAAAAUUAAAUAAAUGAAUGUCAAGUUCCAAUUAGGACAGUAGAUGUUAGCAGUUUCAAGAAAUCACAACAAUAUGAAUUUGCCAUCAUGCAUAGGUAUAUAUUAUAUACUAAUACAAAAAUAAUUAUACACUGGCAGAGCUAUAGUUCCUGAAACAUUUUACAAUUUUCCUAUACUUUUUACCAGUAUACAUCUUUUAUAAGACUAUUAGAACUUAACAUUAACAAAAUAUUAUAUACAAUUUGUUAUCUGACAUUUUUCUACCUCUACGAUAAACAAGAAACAUUUUUUACUUAUUUCUGAAAAUGUCAAUUCUAUUAUUAAGUGCUUAAAUUAUAAUAUAAUAUUUAACCCUUUGUUGUUGCGCAUAUUACCAGACAUUGACUAUUCAGUGAAAUACAAAUGCAAAGAAUAACUUACAUUUAAGCUAUUGUGCUAGCGAUACCUAGAUAAAUUAUUAAAUAUAGAUCAUCUUUUUCAUAAAUUUUGAAUGUACAGCUAAGUUUAUCUGCGAACAAAGGGUUAAACAACAUGCUUUAAGUAGUACUUAGUCUAUAUUAUGGAAAAUAAAAUGAUCUUAGGUACAUAAUAUACAAAAAGAAUGAAUGAACAAUUAUCAAAGAUUAAGUUUAACAAUUAUUGGACGUAUGCUUAGACAUUGUUUUAUAUUAGGAGAAGUCUGGAAAUUUUACGAUUUUAUUAGUUUAACCUGAGAUACAUACGUAAAGUUGCAAAUAUUUUAAUGUUUGCUAAAUUUAUAGAUUUUAUUUUUCUUUUUAUUUCAGUGACAUUGCCAAAUAAUAAUACCUUUAUGUAAGUAAAGACUGAAUAGAUAUAAGAUUUUUCUCGCCCGUUAAUUCAAGUGCUAUUUGCGAGACAAGACCACUCGCAAUUGUUUUCUGUUUUCAGUAACAAAAAAUAUCCACAUAAAAUGUUGACUUUGUUUUAUGUUUUUAUUUAAUAGAAAAUUUGCUAUUUUGUACUAGUGAUACAUAUUACCACACCAGGGGCAGUAGUAUACUUUUAGGAAGAACGUUAAUUAAUUCUUUUAACACUUUUGCUGCGGAUGCCAUAUGCCGUCUUUCUAAUUUCUCAGUCUGCCCUUGUCUGUACUCAAGGUGUCCUUGUUGGUAAGUCAAAUAUUCUUUAAAAUGUACAUCAGUAAGUACUGCAUGGCAUUUCUUGUGAUAUUUAUUCAAAAUUAUCGCUAUAUCCCACUAUUCUCAAUAAUAGCAUCCCAAAAUCUAUUACUUAAUCACAAUAUAAAGGACACCUUAAUCACUAUAUACAUCACUAUAUUAAUACUGCCACUCAUUUAUUAGUUAUUCAGUAUUGGUGUUACUAUAUAUAGUCAAUUACUUUAGUAUGGAGCCAAUACCAAAAGAACCUCUUUAACUCUAAAGCGACAGUGGCACCUGACUCAAGUAGGGCAAAACGCCUUUUGACGACUGUGGCAUCUGACUCAAGCAAGCAAAGGGUUGCCUGACGUAAAGGGACUCAGAAUGUAUUUCAACUUUCUGAGCCAAUUUAAUCUAGUAUGUUAAUAAAUGUUACAAUAUGGUCAGUUGUCUUAUAUGGUGUCGAAGCAUGGACCUCGAAAAUAUCUACUAUUAACCUCUUAGGGUAAAAAGGGGGCUGAAAUGUCCAGGUAAAAUCCAGGAAAAUAGACUAGUUGUGAUAAGUAGGAGAAUAGAUCUUCCAAAUAUCGAUGGUGUGGUGUGGUUUUUCCAAAAAAAUAGGAUACCCAAACAGAUUAGGGAUUGUAGCAAGCUCAAGAGCUAGGUCGAGAAGAAGGUCGGCAUGUGCAGAUCGGAGUAUGGCUUAGAUGACAAUCUUAAAAUCAGCCGAAAGUUUUAUACCCAGUCAUAGUGGGUCUUGGCCUGUUCCUAUUUUUCGCUUUGGUUUUCCAAUUUCGUACUCAUAAUACUCGUCAGUCUUCCUCCACCUAGUAGUGAUGUUGAUUAUAGUUACUUUCGAGUAUUCGUUACAAAUCGUUACUUUUGUAUAAAGUAAUCAUUUACAGUAUUAGUUACUUUGAUUACUAUGAUUACUUUUGUAUGUGAGUACCGGUAAUCAUAUCGAGAGUAGUAUUUCUCAGUAGGUAGGUAUUUUGUAUAGGUAUUCCGAUAUAACAACGACCUUCACCCAUCUGUUUAAGGGAUAAAAAUGAUUUGAUUACUAUUUGAUUACAAAUCGUUACUUUUGUAUAAAGUAAUCAUUUAAGUAUUCGUUACUUUGAUUACUAUUAUUACUUUUGUAACUUUUGUAUUUGAGUACCGGUAAUCAUAUCGAGAAUCGUAUUUCUCAGUAGGUAGGUAUUUUGUAUAAGUAUUCCCAUAUAACAACGACCUUCACCGAUCUGUUUAAGGGAUAAAAAUGAUUUGAUUACUAUGAUUACCUUUGUUACUUUUGUAUUUGAGUACCGGUAAUCAUAUCUAGGAUCGUAUUUCUCAGUCCUCACCCUCACACCCUUAAAACGCUUCAUACCGACAACGAUAUUCGAUAACACUCGUAAAAUACCGGUCCCGUCCGUUACUCGCUGGUAUACGAUUGGUAGAAAGUAAUCAAGUGCCCAUAAGUAGAUACAAUAGUCGUUAUAUAUGCUAUGCCCAUAAGUAGAUACAAUAGUCGUUAUAUAUGCUAUGCCCAUAAGUAGAUACAAUAGUCGUUAUAUAUGCUAUGCCCAUAAGUAGAUACAAUAGUCGUUACUCGCUCUGAUACGAUUAGUACGAAGUAACGAAGUAAUCAGAGUAAUCAAAGCAACGAUUUGCCCUUCUGUAUAGUAAUCGUUACUUUCGGUAUUCGUAAGUAACGAGUACUUUGUAACGAAUACAUACUUUUUCAACAUCUCUACCACCUAGUCCUUAAAUCGUGCUUUGGACCUGCCUUUUCUUCUCACUCCAUCCUCUGAUUAUUAAUGUGUUACGGCGGCUCCAUUUCGUUCAUUUUCUCUAUUUAGCCUAGCCACCGCAGCCUGUUUAUUUGAUGGACCUCGUAAUAUCGGAUUCACUAUAAAGGCGGUAAAGCUCAAAAUUAUAGCUCCUAUUAUAAAUUUCUCCGAUGAUUUUACAUUCAAAACUGCCCAAACGUUCUUCAAAUAGGAAAGAUAUGUAAUUGAAAUUUUUAGUGAUGUGUUCGUGACACAUACUGUGAAAUACUAGUUUUAUAUGAUGAGGGUCUUCACCGGGAACUAUCUGUUAAAAACAAUAAACAGAAAUAUAAACCCUCUGUUUUUGUUUCUAUUUUCCAAAUAUAUUUUGAAUAAGUAUAAUAUUCGGCAAUUGCAAUAGUGCCUUUCAUGAUCCAAAAUAAAUGAAUAUAUUGUUUUAUUGUGGAUACUUUUUGUUCUGACAGUAUAUUGUAAAUGAAAUACAAAACAGUUCCACUAUUCAUUUAACGCAUGGUAUAUAAAAAUUGAUACCCAUACUUUUGGUAAUAUGUCUAAGAGGGCUGGUACAAAUCCACAAAUUUUUACGCUAAAAUUUGCCACUUAAAUAUAUUUUUCUAAUUUUGAAAAUUAUAAUUAUCUGUCAUAAAUUUUCAAAUAUUCAAUUCAAGAAAAGGUAGUAACGUAAGUCACUUUUCACUUAUAUAUUAUUUAACUGUAUCUAACUUAUUCCGUUAGUAUUUUGCAUAAUUAGGAAUUGCAAAAAAUUGGAAGUUCAUUCUUAAUUUUUGAUUUGUAAUACCCUGGACCAAAUAUCAAAAUCAUGGGCGCCAAUUUUGAAACGCCUUAUAGGUGUAUAUUAUUAAUAGAUUCUCCAGAAACGUCUAAUACUGUCUUUGAUUUUGCCUAAUGUAUUGUUAUUGGAAGCAAAGCUAGGAUCUAACGCCUUAGUUACGGGAUCCCUUAAAGCUCAAAUGAUGUCAAUAUUUUUUUCUAAGAUACUUUUUAAAAGCUUAUUGUGGAGUAAAGGUGAUGAAAGAGACAAAUGUUCUAGCUCUGAUUCCGAUUUUGUCAAGGACAGAGAUAACCCAUAUUAAUAUAAGUUUAGUAAAUGUUUUGAAAGCAGCACAUAGUUGUAGUUUCUGAUAUAUUAGCCCAAGAUAAUACUGCGGGAACCAUUUUUAUUUACGGAAUUUCAUUCAGCGGAUUGUUUUUUGUUGCUACUAUAUAGUAUACUAUUCUGGGCUAUAAAUAUAAAAUUCUAUAAGCUGGGACCUCUCAAAAAAUCUAUUAGCUUCACCAUAAUUAUUAAAUGAACCUUUUUUAAUGUUUAACAUUGCGUACUUCCUUUCUUACAUCUUAUUAUCGGUUUAAAACUUAAUUUUAAGUUUUAGCGGAAGAUUCUAAUAUUCGACAACCUUAAGAAACAUUUUAUAAUGAAAACGUUGUGAGACCAUCAGUAUCUCAACACUAAUUAACCAAGAUUAGUAUUUUGAAAUACAUUUUCUUGUAAAUGUUUAAAACUCAAGUUUAUGUAGCAUACCAUAAAUGUAUUUGCAAAAAACUUUAUUGAAACAGUGAAAUGUACCAUCACAAUCAAGUGAUUAAUGCGUGGUCAAGGGUGUUUAAGCGUUCGGGGGGGGGUGUCUUAGCUACAAAAAGUCAUUAUUGCUCCAGUUUUUACAACCCAAGACAAGACUAUCGAGUAGGGAUGGCUGUUUUUGACAAAAUACCGGUUUUCGGUUAUACCGGUUUUUUUUCUUGCGGUUUAACCUGGCGGUUAUAACCGGCUAAAAAACCGGUUUUUCCAAAAACCGGUUUUUGGUUUUUUUAAUCCAAUAGGUUACAAUGUUACAUUUACAAUGCACAUUAUGUUUAAUUUACCAUUUAAAAAUAUAAUCCCCUAAAACACCCACCAAUUUUCCCCUCCUCCCAAACCCAAAAAAUUCCCCAACUUUCAACUCAUAAAAAAUUUUCCAGACUCUUUCAAAUGGGAUUAAAAAAAUAAUUUGAACAUAAAUAUUUCACUUAAAAAUAAAUAGGAGAAUGCAAUUUAUCUUUUAUUUUUACUACCAUCAAAAAAAUCCGUUAUGUAUUAUUUAACACGUUUGUAUAUUUGUAUAAUAGGUACAUUUUAACUCAUUUAAUACUUCCUGUAUGGGUGUAUCGUUUUGAAAACGUAGGGAAAUCCUUGGAGAUUCGUAUUCGUAAUCGUUAAUUCGAUAUUCAUAGUCAGAACAUUAUUUUUGGUACCUAAUCAGAAAAAGUCAUUCACCCACUUUCAAUGUCAAGAGUCAAGUGUAAAAAAUAGAUGAUGUUUGCGUCUACUUCAACCAGAUCACUUCUUAUUAAAUAUUAUGAUUACAAAUACCUUUUCAACGAAAUAUUAUAAUAAAAUUUAAUUAUUGUUUCUGGCUGAUGUGAAUUUGCACUUUUAGUUUGCUUCUGUAUUUAUAAAAUUAAAUUAGAAUUAUGGUUUUGUUUUGAAUAAUUACUUGAGAAUAAUAAUUAUGAUUGGGAUCCAAAAUAAUACCUAACCUAAUCCUAAUCACCGUAAAAACCUAAUAACCGGUUUUUACUUUAAAAAGAAAAACCGGUUAUAACCGGGACAAAAAACAACCGGCAAAACCGGUUAUUGCGAAGUAAAAAAACCUGUUUUAGGUUCAAACCGGUAGGUUUUUCCCAUCCCUACUAUCGAGUGUUCAUUUCUCGAUUGAUUGUAAAAUGAUUCCUUCUCACAUCUAAAUUUUUGAUAAUAUAAAAAUAGGUUCAUUAGAGUUAACAAAAUUCUUCAUAUAAUAUGUAUAUAAAAUUCACUGUAAGAUUGUACAUAUAUUUUUUGAUCUUUCCUGUAUUGAAAAAAGGAUGAUUUACAGAAUUCCAUGAGUCUAUAGUAUUAAACACGGCUUUGCUACUUUUUUUGUUUUGUUUCUUAGUAUAUUUAGUAUUAGUAAAAUGCAGCUUCAGAAACACUGAAUUAUAUUGAGAGGUCGCUGCCUAUAACCUAAUUAGAAAGAUGAUUCUUAAAAAAAUGCAAGUCAUUAUCUAUAUUAUUCUAAGUAUAUUCAAUAUUUUAUGAAAACUUAUAUCGAAUUUCUGCAGUCCUGUGUUGAACCAAGUUGGUUCAGACUGUGUCAAGCUUUCGUCCCCUUCUUUGGGGCUAUCUUCGGGACUUGGUGUUGUUUCGUUGCUCAGUCUGCUGACUUUAGUUCACAUCACAGGCACUAGCACUAUUAGUGCUGUUAUUAAGUGUCGUCAUUAUGUCGGAAAUUGCUGGUGUUAUGUACUUUCUUUAAAAGUAUAGAUCCCAAAAUUUCGUGUAUUAUAUUUUCAUUUUUAUUUAUUUCCUGUAGCUGUUUGUGACUGUAGCUUCAUCAUAGACAGUAAAGUUUAGUCAUGAUUGUUGAAUGUACACAUAUAUAUUAUGUAUAUUUUUGUUUUUGUUUUUAUCACAAAUGUGUUAUUGAGUAUACAGUAUUGGAAAUCUUUUUUCGGAACAUAGGGACUUUCAAUGCAAUAAGUUAGAUUCUUGAUUUGCAAUUAAUCAUUGUAAAUUUCAAGACAAUGUCGCGAUGUUUCAUAUUUAAUUCAUUUGUUCGACUGCAUUGAACUGAGGUGACCCAUCGGAUUGCAUGCAUAGUUUGUGCGAUAGCCAGCGGUAAAGGGAUUACAAUCUAACAAAUGAAUUAAUUUUAAAACAUCGCGACGUUAUAUUGAAAUUUACACUGGUUAAUUGUAAAUCAAGAAUCUAACGUAUUGCAUUGAAAGUCCCUAUCUUCCGAAAAAAGAUUUCCAUUACUGUAAAAAAUUGCUCUCUUUUAUUUUACCAUUUCGUUAGGCAUAACUAUAUUGACAAAUCUAUCUAUGAAGAAGUGUUCAGUUAAGAUUUAGAUCUGUGAUAUAAUUUGGAGAAUUUAUCAGUUUUUAAUAAAAUUAUUACUAUUCCAAGAUAUUUUUUUAGGAAACAUCUUAUUUUUAGUGUUUUGUUAAAUAGUAAAUUGAUAUUUUUGAUGACAUUCAUAAUAGAACAAAGUGAGCGGAUUAAGCACAGGCUUGGUAGAAAUAAUUAGAAAAAUAAAAAGGAAUUAAUAUCUAUAAUUUCUUAUGCUACAAUGCUUCAUAUAUUUUAAGAAUUUAGGUUCCUUAUCAUUUCUGUAUAUUUGCAAAUUAAGGGGGCCAGUCCAGGUAGCAUUACUUUAAAAAUAAUUUAGAACCAAAUAUAAUUCUACUAAGUAGAUUAUUAUUUUAGAAUAUAAAUAAUUAAGUCAUUUGUGCCUUUCGUAGUUGAUAAUCAACAUUUCCAGCGCAUUAUAUAUGUAUAUUUUUGGUGGGCAUAUAUUGUUAUCCUGAAUUAUAUAAAUUUUAGUCUUUUCAGCCCUUAGAAACUUGUGAAUUAUAUGCUGAUAGAUCAAGUUCUACGGAGCUGAAGGGACAAAAUAACAGCGAUUAAAGUAUAGGUGGUAUGAGAGAUGUAUGGCAUGUAGUGGCAAAACUAAUUUCUUUAGUGAAAAGUUUUAUCUUCUACUGGAAGAUAGAGAAAGAGUACAGUUUGUCAAAUAUACGGUGAUACUUGGCCGUAUUGAUAUUAAGCUCCACCUACGAUGCGCAGUCAACAGAAACACAAUUCUCUGAAUGCGUUCCCACUUACAGUUUAUUCGCAUGGCUUAUGCACUAGAUGUAAACAGUAGUUGACAGCGAUGUCGUUACCAGCAACGAACGGGAUGGCUAUUUGGUUAAGUGUUCGAAUAUUUUUGGAUAACAGUUACUUGUAUAAUGGCGUAAAUUAUUCAUUAAUUUAAUUAAUAAUAUUAUUUUUCACUAUCUAUGUAUUUAGUGAUUACAAUAAUUUAUAUACUAUAUACUAAGAACUAAUAAUCGAUGAGCUGAUUUUAAUAUUACACUGUUACUAUGGAAUGAGUAGUUAGAUUUUGAACAGCUUUAACAAGUAAAAUCAUUGUUUACAUGUAGCGCAUGUCUUAUUGGAAUUUAGUUUAGUUUUCUACGCAAGUGGACAAAAUCGCCAAGUAUCACCAUAUUUUUGACAAGCUGUACAACGUGUGUUAAUAUAGACUUUCCUGUUUUAUUUUUAGUCUGAUACAUAAUAUAAUAAACAACAGUUUGCAUACUUGGGCCAAAUUACAAAAAUAAACGGGCAAAGAAAUAAGCUCUCAAACACUAAAAUUACAAAGUCGAAAAUGCUCUGGUAUCCUAUGGAAUGGAGACCAUGACACAGAGUAAUCAGCCAAUAGAUUGAGAACGACACGGAGGGCGAUCGAACGAGCUAUUUUAGGAGUAUAUCUGAGGGGGCAUAUCCGAAAUAAGGACGUGCGGAGCAGGAUAUAGGUGGAAGAUUGGAAGAAUUGCGCAAAUGAAAUGGAACUGGGUAGAACACGUGCCACGACAAAAUAACGAAAGGUGGACGAAAAACAUUGUACAUUAAGCACGUGAGCACAAUCGUAGUAGAGGAAGACCACAAAAACGAUGGCUAGAUGACAUCAAAGCAAAAAUAUGGAGAAACUGGCACCAGAUAGCACAAAACAGAGAAGAAUGGAGAACUCAUGGAGAGGCCUUUGUCCUGAAGUGGAUGCAAACAGGCUGAAGAAGAAGUAGAUCCUACUGGUGUUUUUCAAGAGUCUAUCCUAUUAUACCAACAUUUAAUGUCAAAUAACCGAACAUGAGAAAUAAGAUAUGCCUCAACUAGAGUACCAAAUGCCGAUAUAUCAUGAAAAACAAAUUGCUCUACUGUUAUUAAAGAUCAUGCAAUCACAAGCAGAAAGGAGAAAGUUACAUAAUAUAUUAUGUGGGAUAACCUCGAAUAACAUCAAAAUUGAGGUAAUUUGGUUCAGUUGGAGGGAUAUUUAAUGUUAAAAGGGAGGAUUAUGUCCAGAAUACCUUUAGUGGCUGAUUAGCGAAACAUACAUAUAAUCGAGAGAAACAUUUAAUAUUAGAAGAAAAAAGGACCAGAAGCUUCCUUUGAGUAAUUGAGUAACACCUUAUUCAAUUUUUUAAAAAUUGAAGAUUGUCUAAAUGAGUGAGUCAGCAAAUACUGGAUGUAUGUAGUUUGUGUGUAUGUGUAUUUUUAUGUUUAUAUUGUGGGUCGAUUUUUUAAUAUGAGUAUACAUAAUUUUUAAAGAAAAAAUAUGUUAUAUUCUUGAUGUUAAAUAAUAAGCAAUUCUAGUGUUUUCUGACGUAAAUACAAAAAAUAUUCAAGAAUCUGAUACUUGUGCAUUGUUGGAUAUUUAUAGCAUCUUUGUUUCAAUUCAGCUUGAUUUUGUAAUAUUUGGUAUUCUAGUCUCGGUUAUUGCUUUUUCCAUACCUAUAUAUGUUUUUGGAGAAACCGGUGAAUAUUUUGCUGAAUUAUAAUUCAGAGAGUAAAACAUUUAUUUGAUUUCUUUUGUAAACUUUCAGUAAAUUUAAUUAUGAAAAAGAAGUAAAUGCAACUUUGACUGACCUUCGAAAUAUUUUAUGUAUAUGUAACUAACUGAUAUACUUUUUAGUUAAACAAUUAUUAAAUUAUGUAAAUUAUUUAGCUUAGAUAUGAAAAUUUAAAAAAUCUAAAUUAAUUCUUAUUGCCAAAUUGUUAUAUUCAUUUAUCUUCUAUUCAGGGAGAAGGUAUGUUCGUUCCAGCAUGUUAUUUAUAAAAAUUUUUGUGAUACACAUUUUUUUAAUUGAAUUAUGCGAGGCAAUAUUAAUAAAAAUCUACAAAGUAA